UCUUUUGCAAGUGACAUUCAGCGGCACCAAUCGACGUCCUCCUUCCUAGAGGCCAAGCCCUCCUCCCCGCGGCGGGUUUGGCGGGGCGGGGACGCGGCGCGGCGGCGGCUGAUGCGCUAGCUGUGUGGGGCGCCCCGGACGGCGACCGAGGCUCUCGUAGGCGGUUCCGGUCCUGUAUCUCCGGGCGGCGACGGCUCAUGGCGGCGACGGAGCUGAGAGGAGUGGUGGGACCGGGCCCGGCAGCCAUUGCAGCUCCUGGCGGCGGGCGGUGGUUCGUGCUGAGCAACGGGCUCCUGAGCUACUACAGGUCAAAGGCAGAAAUGAGGCAUACCUGCCGUGGCACCAUCAACCUAGCCACUGCCAACAUCACUGUGGAGGACUCUUGCAACUUCAUCAUUUCCAAUGGGGGUGCUCAGACCUACCAUCUGAAAGCUAGCUCAGAAGUGGAGCGGCAGCGCUGGGUGACCGCCCUGGAACUGGCCAAGGCCAAAGCAGUGAAGAUGCUGGCAGAGUCAGAUGAAUCAGGAGAUGAAGAGUCUGUCUCACAAACUGACAAGACAGAGCUGCAGAAUACCCUGCGGACCCUCUCCAGCAAAGUGGAGGACCUGAGCACAUGCAAUGACUUGAUAGCUAAGCAUGGCACAGCUUUGCAGCGUUCCCUCAGUGAGUUAGAGUCCCUGAAGUUACCUGCUGAAAGUAACGAGAAGAUCAAACAAGUCAACGAACGGGCCACACUCUUCAGGAUAACAUCCAAUGCCAUGAUCAAUGCCUGCAGAGACUUCCUCAUGUUAGCCCAGACCCAUAGUAAAAAAUGGCAGAAGUCUCUCCAGUAUGAAAGAGACCAGCGUAUCCGACUGGAGGAGACCCUCGAGCAGCUGGCAAAGCAGCACAAUCACCUGGAGAGGGCCUUUCGAGGAGCCACGGUGCUGCCAGCAAACACCCCUGGCAGUACAGGUUCUGGCAAAGAUCAGUGCUGCUCUGGCAAAGGGGACAUGAGUGAUGAGGAUGACGAGAAUGAGUUUUUUGAUGCUCCUGAGAUCAUCACCAUGCCUGAAAAUUUGGGCCACAAACGUACUGGCAGCAAUAUCAGUGGGGCCAGCAGUGAUAUCAGCCUCGAUGAACAGUACAAGCAUCAGCUGGAGGAGACCAAAAAAGAAAAGAGAACCAGAAUACCAUACAAGCCAAACUAUAGCCUCAAUUUAUGGAGCAUCAUGAAGAACUGCAUUGGGAAAGAACUCUCUAAGAUCCCCAUGCCGGUGAAUUUUAAUGAGCCCUUGUCCAUGCUUCAGCGCCUUACUGAAGAUCUGGAAUACCAUGAGCUGUUAGACCGAGCUGCAAAAUGUGAGAACUCUCUAGAACAACUCUGCUAUGUUGCAGCUUUCACCGUAUCCUCCUACUCCACCACUGUCUUCCGUACCAGCAAGCCAUUCAACCCACUCCUUGGGGAGACCUUUGAGCUGGACCGGUUAGAGGAGAAUGGGUACCGAUCCCUCUGUGAGCAGGUGAGUCAUCAUCCCCCUGCUGCUGCACACCAUGCUGAGUCCAAAAAUGGCUGGACAUUGCGUCAGGAAAUCAAAAUCACCAGCAAGUUUCGAGGCAAAUACCUCUCCAUUAUGCCUCUCGGUACCAUCCACUGUAUUUUCCAUGCAACUGGGCACCACUAUACUUGGAAGAAAGUCACCACGACGGUGCACAACAUUAUCGUGGGCAAGUUGUGGAUAGACCAGUCUGGUGAAAUUGAUAUUGUGAAUCACAAGACAGGAGACAAGUGUAAUCUUAAGUUUGUUCCUUAUAGCUACUUCUCUCGGGAUGUGGCAAGAAAGGUUACAGGAGAAGUGACAGAUCCAUCGGGGAAAGUUCAUUUUGCCCUUCUGGGGACAUGGGAUGAGAAAAUGGAUUGUUUCAAAGUACAUCCAGCCAUGGGGGACAACGGGGGUGAUCGACAGCGAGGCCACGAAGCAGAAGAAAGCAGGGUCAUGCUGUGGAAAAGGAAUCCUUUACCGAAGAAUGCAGAAAACAUGUACUACUUCUCAGAGCUUGCUCUCACUCUCAACGCCUGGGAAGGUGGCACCGCUCCCACAGAUAGCCGGUUACGGCCUGACCAGAGACUGAUGGAGAAUGGGCGCUGGGAUGAAGCAAAUGCAGAAAAGCAGCGCCUGGAGGAAAAACAAAGACUUUCCAGAAAGAAGAGAGAAGCAGAAGCUAUGAAAGCCACCGAGGAUGGCACACCGUAUGAUCCCUAUAAGGCACUGUGGUUCGAGCGGAAGAAGGACCCUGUUACCAAGGAGUUAACCCAUAUUUAUAGGGGAGAAUACUGGGAGUGUAAAGAAAAACAGGACUGGACCUCAUGCCCGGACAUUUUCUGAAAUGGCAGUAACAAGAGGAGGAUCUGCUGGAGAAGAGGACAGAGGAUGUGUGGGAAAGCUGGCAGUCGUGACUCUUUUACCAAGUGCUUUCCUCAAGUUUGUCUGUCUUAACCAAUCAUUUUUCCAAAUCAAUCACCAGAAGCAGACACCAGUGGUGGUGAUUGGCUGGUUGCCUUAGCUGAUUGAAACUGAAAUCGACAUACUAGAUACCUAUGUUUGUAAGGGAGAGGUUUAGUGGCUGAACGUUAGUGUUAUUCCACAUCUGCAAAGUCAAGUAUUCUUGGCUCUUCUUUCUCCCUCUGCCCCAUUUAAGAUGAUGUCAUUCACCCUCCCCUUGUAGUAUUCUGCUCAGCCAAGAUCUGCAUAAGAUUAUGAUUCAGGGGCAUAUUGGUGCUGUUCAGAACAAAAGCUGAUUUUAGAAGUUCCUUUAAAAAGAAACACAUACAACUUGCCAACAGAGGCAUCGUGAAUGGUUGCAGUGGAGCGUAGGUAUGACAUUAUCAACACAUGGGGUUGGUUUAGUGGGGCAUCCAUGCGUAGAUAACUGAGGUAUUGGAAUACCUGCGAGAGAGAGUGCUUUGUAGGGUUGGAAUAUUCAGAGUUACAUUCUUGGAAGUUUCUAUCUUCACUUGCGUAAAACCACCACUCUGCUGUUCUCAAUGUCAUCUUUGACGGCAACUGGAGGCCACUUGGUUGGUAAGAGGGUUGCAUUAUCCUCAAAAGGGGUUUUACGAACUUCCUCAGGCGGAGAACUUCUGAGAACACAGGCAGGAUGGAAGAAGACUGCUAGCCACUCUUGCUUUCUCCAUUCCACCUCACUCCCAUCCUUCAUUGCCUUUCUAGCUUCUCUUCUCUCUCCGGCACAAUGCCAGUUUGGGUCUGUGCCCCAGUGUGAAGCAAAAUAUUACCUGUCCCAUUCUGAUAAAUUUCAGAACUUGAGAGAAGUUAAUCUAGAACAAAAGUUUUCACCCUCUCUCAAGCCACAUGGACUCGAGCCACCUCUGGAAUAAUGUGUUAAAUAUCUGUAUAUUAUAUAUAUGUAGAGAAAAAUCUAAUUUUUUGUUUGAUUUUCCUCCUUCCCAUUGAGAAUCUUGUUUUUUGAUAUCGCUGGUCUCCCCGGGACUCUAACUUGGACACAUGUGGGUGUGCAUUGGCGCUCUUGUGCUUUCCAUCUUUCAGGGGCAGACAGGUUUGAACCUGAGCAGGAUCACACCUGGCAGUUACUGAACAGGGAUGUUGUCCAUGGUUUAAAUCAUGGGAUGCCUACUGCUGUCUGAACUGCUCUCCUAAUUACCUGAUUCUUGAACAUGAAAUCCUAACCUCUUCCCUGCCUCUUUUCUUUCUUUGAUUAGGAAGCGUAUGGGUAGAAAGUCAGGAGGGUAAUUUCCAGUUUAAUUCUGCUUCUGUCCAGCAUAUAGGAUAAACUAUCCCCAAAGAACUUUCCUCCUAGGAUGUGGGGCUGAAACACUAUCAUGGGGGGGUGGGUAAGAACUGCUCCUGGUGGGUCCUGGCUUCCAUCUCUGUGUGUUUUGUAUUUGUUUUAGUUGUUCAGAAAUCUAACCCCUGUGCAACCUACCCUUGGUUGAGGAUCACAAAUUGAGGUGCCUUCCUUAUAUGCUUUUUGUUAGUAUUUUUUUGUUUUUGUUCCUUAACUGCUGAGCCUCAGCCAGUGUGGGUCCUGGGGGAAAAUAUCAUUCCAGAAGAAGUCAUCCCUCCAGGGAAAUUGGAUUGAUGCUGGA